AGAAGGAUAGUGUCAGAACCCUGCUACUAGAGCCUGGAUGUGGCUCUGAGUUUCAGGGUCACUGACAUUGAUAAGACACCUGCGUCCCAGGACUCGGAGGAGAAACGGCUGAUGGACUUGGCGGGGAAUUUGCGCGGGGUUUUACUGAGCGGGAAGAGACUGUUCAAAUGAGGGGGAGGGUAUAUAAAGGAGGGUUGGCCGGAGCCUCCCAUUCUUGGCUUUUCUGAUGUUCAUGUUUCCUACAGUAAAAGUUCCUGGUGAUACCACAGAGAGUCUCGUGUGUUCAUUCAGGAGCGGCUGUGGUGAGCUGACACUAAGCCAAGAAUACGGACACCAUCCCGCUGUAGCGGUGAGGUGUAACAUGCAAGUGGAGGAUGAAGAGCUCUUGGGCGCCGGAGGAGGAAGGUCGGAAAGGGCCACUCCCGAGCCGGACGCUGAGUUCCACCAGCUGGCGGCCCUGGCGUCAUCCACCGCUUAUGCCCAGCCAAAUGGGGUAACCCAGAGGCGCGGAGUGGUGCGGGGAGAUAGCACCGGAGGAGAGGAAGGUUCACCUUCCCCAGGCCCGCAAAAGAUGGUGUUUCUGGAGGAGAGGAUGUCGGCGAUGGAGACCACCCUGGCAGUGAUGUCGAGGGCGAUGGAGCGCCUGGCGGUUUUGGCGGAGCCGGAGCGAGGAAGGGAACUCCGGGCUAGCUCAAUGUGGGACGUGAGCAUGGGAAGCAGCCAGGGCUUUGCAGACCUCCCAGCACCGAAGGGAAGGGAAAUGCGAAAGGAGCCCGGUGCCCGGCCCAAGAUCCAAACGAGCCUGACGCGGGUGGAGGAGAGUGACGACGAAGGGGAAAAGCCUCCGAGAAUCCCGGCUACGCUCCCAACUGAGACCCUGGUGCCCCUGGCGAAUGCCGGGCGUGGCACAGGACAAAGGGAAGCAGCAGCGGGGCCCACUGGCCCGCAAGGGGGCUUGCGACGGGCGGAGAAUUGGGGAUUGCCACCACAGGGACCCCUACCGAGACGAGAGGAACUAAGGAUCGAGUUUGGGGGAGAGUCCUCUGAACUGGAUUUUUUCCUGACCACGGUGAGGGGCUAUAUGGAGGACAAUGCCCACACUUUUAGAACGGAAUCCAGCCGGGUACGGGCCAUUGGUGCAGUGUUGAAGAGGGGAGCGGCCAGCUGGUACGUUCAACUACACGCGCGGCGCGACCCAUGUCUGGGGUCACUCCGACGCUUUAUGGGGGCCCUGGAGACCCGUUUCCGAGAUCCACUGGAGCAGAUCCGGGCGAGGGAGGAGUUGAAGACCGUCUCCCAGGGGCAGAGGUCGGUAUCUGAGUAUGCGGAGGAGUUCCAAUGCCUCGCUGAAAAGGUGCCGGAAUGGUCUGCAGCGACAAAGAUAGAACUCUUCAAAGAGGGGCUCAGGCGGGAGAUCCUCUCCUGGGCGGUGCAUCGUGAUGAGCCUGACACACUGCGCGGAUGGAUUCAGCUGGCGGGGCGCAUCGAGACAUCGCUGGCCCAGGCGAGGAGGCACCGAGGAGGGCUACAGCAGCGGCCGCAGAUGAAAGAGGGGAGCCGGAAGGAGGGAUCAACCCCAGCCGGGAGGAGAACGGAGCCGACAGGGAACGUGAGCACCAGCAGGAGGGGCUGCUUCGUGUGCGGCCGUUUGGGCCACAGGGCUGCCGAGUGCUGGCAGAGAAAAGGGGAAGGCGGAGGCCCGCCCAAACCAAGAGCCGUGGCAGGGAAACGCGCCGAGGAAGAACCACCGAUGAGGCACCACUCGGGGGGGUUGGACGAAGGGGAGGAGGACGCCAUGUCAGAACCCUGCUACUAGAGCCUGGAUGUGGCUCUGAGUUUCAGGGUCACUGACAUUGAUAAGACACCUGCGUCCCAGGACUCGGAGGAGAAACGGCUGAUGGACUUGGCGGGGAAUUUGCGCGGGGUUUUACUGAGCGGGAAGAGACUGUUCAAAUGAGGGGGAGGGUAUAUAAAGGAGGGUUGGCCGGAGCCUCCCAUUCUUGGCUUUUCUGAUGUUCAUGUUUCCUACAGUAAAAGUUCCUGGUGAUACCACA